UUUCAGUGGUAGACUCAUGAUAAAUGUCCUCUUUACUAACUAUCGUGGAGAGAAUUGACUGAGCUAUGAAUGUGGAAAUAAAACGAUCUAAUGAACGAGUCCGAGCAAAAAAUAACAGGCAGCAAUUCAGGAACUUGAUCGAACAUCUAAACAAAUAUGUGUAUGACGAGAGGCUCAACACAAAUAGAUGCUUGUCAAUGACAACCUCUACUCUGCAGCUCAUCAAAUAUCUCGAAAAAACCAAAUGUAAGAAGAUCCUUGAUGAAAUAACUAACUCGAACAGUGAAGAGCUGUAUGUUGAUGUUGAGACUUUUGACACUAUUGAUAACGAGUUGUCUCCAGCAGUUAUCAGCUUUGCAAAACAGUCCAAAUUUUUGAUGGAAGAGUUCCCUAUUGAUCUUUUGAUGAAUGUCUGGAAUUUAGCGGGAAUCGGUUUUGAAGAAUCUGGAAGAAUUUUAUACACAUCUCGGAAUCUCUUAAACCGGCUUGGGUUGAUAGAACCGAUUGUUGGUGAGGACAUCAAGGUGAUACUAAGUCAUGACAGUAAAAGAAUCCUAGACAGAGUUUUCAAGUGUAAAAUCUUGCGAUGGGUUGGCUACAUUGAUGUACAGAAACCAUCUGGGAAAGAAGCUGUCAGUAUUCUAUGGAAUGGCAAAUUACUUACUGAUUCUAAUGGAAACAAAAUGUACCUCGGAUAUCUGGAAAUGAAAGAUGCUAUUUACUAUAACCCCGGAGGAAUUUUCUGGAACAAAGAAGUUUUGGUAAGUGCUGAUUUCACCCUCCUUACACGACACUUCUACAUCGAUCAGCUCUUAGGUUAUGAUAAGUUUGAUGCUGAUGAUAUCUUUGCCCAUGUCCAUCCAGUGGACCUAAUUCAAUUACAAGAUCUCGACAAGCGACUACUGGAGCAUGGUUACUCUGAGCAUGUUUUCAGACUGCUCUGUAAAUCGGAGUCUGCGGACGAUGUCAGGUGGCUCAUUACCCUGACAAAAAUGUAUCCUUUUCAAACGCAGUCAGGAGAUAUGAUUCUAGUUACAUACAGCUGGCCAUUUGCUUUCUCAAAAUCCACUGAUUGUCUACAGGACAAAAGUAUUGUUGAUCAUCUUGAGUUUAUACAAAGUAAUGAUGCCUGGCUGUCUUUGAUGCCAAGCUUCAUGACCAAUAGUACGAGCCCCUCACAGAAACUUGACUGAGGAAGUUGAACAGGUUUGAAAUUGGAAGAUUUGUCUGCAGUGCAGCCAAGGUAACUGCAGUGGAGUCACUUUUUCAUAACGUGCUGUUAAAAGAGAUCUCAAAAGUUAAAAGAGACCUUCAUCUCUAAUUUUUUAGAAAGAUACCUGUAUCCAAAAUAUUGAUUGUAAGCAUCAUAGUUCCAUAAAACUUUACACUUUGCUGUGACCAUAUUAUGUUGUUGUGGAUCUUUUUGUCACAUAACUACAGUACAGGAAAUAAUAGGUGACCACUUCCUUAACUCGUGUGGAAACAAGUCACAAGACUUAAUUGCUGGUUUUUUAUUGUACAAUACUAUCGCCUUAGAUUUCACGGGUCAGCUAUUGUCUCCUGUACUGUAAGCCCUGUUUGUGUACUAGAUAUUAUCCAGACUAGAUUAUAUAGUGGUGGGUUCACGGUUAAAUAAUAAAUACCAUGUUUAAUAAACAAGGAAUUGGUUCAGUGGAAAGUAUUUAUUGAUAAUAUUCAGUGCAUAGCCAUAUAAAUGUGCUCAUCGUCUGUUUCAUUACAUUGAGCUUAAUGUUGCUGAAUGUAACAAUUUAAUAUGUUGAAGAAAAAGUUGAGUAAUUAAACCUACUCAUUUUAAAUGGUCAACAAAUGAUUUUUUGCCAAAAUAUAAAAACGUUUUGUAUGUUGAUGACUCAAUUCUGGUUAUUGAUUUUGAAGUUUGUUAGAAUGAACACACUUUGUAUGUGUUUUAGUAACAUGCAAGCGCACGCUUGUAGCUUUUUACCUAGCUUUAUAGUUAAGUUUAUACUUGUUUAUCCAAUCACAGCCGAGGAGAGGGAGUCUUGUAUUGAACCUUAUACCCUUAUAAUAUUAUGUAGUGAAAAUGUAUUCUAAAUUGCCAUCAAAUGAUGCAAUUUCUAAAUAUUCGAUAUCUGACAUGGGUUUCAAGGCUAUUUCGUUUCCUCGAUAUUCAGCAGGGGAGUUUUAUCAUUUCAUCCUCUUUGCAGUCGUUAUUGCGGAGGACUUUCUUCUGUUCAGGGGUGUAGGAAUGAUUUUCUUCAUGAGGGGGCCAAAAUAACUGAGCAAUUUGGCAAUAGAGAUCAUUUUCAAACACAGUUUCAAGAACGAUUCAAAUGAUACGAUUUUAAAGGUAUGUUAGGGCCUGUAAGCAGCUCUUGAUCUUGCGAAAUAAGUUUUGUUCGAAAAGGGAUGCAUAUUGUAUUUUCUCGAAAAAAAAUUCAGGAAAUUUGCAUCCAGAAUCGAACUCUAGCAAUGUGAAAUGAUAAAUCCAGCAAGAUUUUGUUGUGCCAAUUUAAGGGUCAAAGGAAAAUUCCUGCAAAUUUUGAAAAAUAUGCUUACAGUAUAGUAAUAGGUCUCACUCUCAAAGAGGGAGCAAGGAGGGAGAAUCUGGAACAAUUUUUGGAAAAUUUGUUUUAAGGAAUGAAUUCUAGCAAUGAGGAAUGUAAAUGUAGACUACAAGGGGCAACUAUCGUGCAGUUAGACUGCAUUUAAGCAGGAUAGGCCAAAUAAGGCCCCCCAUCUUCCUACACCCCUGCUUCUGUUUGACUACCUGCUGAUAUCAAAGUGCUUGGAAAACAAUUGAAAAUAUAUACAUUUCAGUUCAGAAAUGAUUGUUAUGCAUAAUAUAUGGGUGUUAUAAUUCUAUUAAGGGGGGGG